AUGCAUGAAGCAAAAAUCAUCGCAUUGGUUGCUGCAACAUGCAGUACCAUGGCUAUCUUAUCAUGCGUUAUAGUGAUACCAUCGCUUUACAACACAAUCAACGAGGUCCAUGAUUCGGUAUUAGAUGGUGUGCAAGUAUUUCGUGUUGAAACUGAUUCGGCAUGGAGCGAACUAAUGGACGUCCAGAUAAGCGUGACACCCCCAAGUAAACCACGUGAAAAUCCUUUCAGAAGUAUCUUCCGCAAAAAGCGGCAGGAUUUCUCUGGUUUACCAGAUUAUUGCCACUGUGAACCGGUCAAAAUUACCUGCCCACCAGGACCACCUGGACCUCCUGGUCAGCCUGGAGAAGAUGGACGUAUUUCAUCAACUUCAUUCCAACCCUCAAUUUUAUCACCUGGCCUUCCUGGACCCGCUGGAUCCGACAAUUUAGCAACGUAUGCACCAAUCACAUGUCCUCCUGCAGACACUUCAUGCAUUAAAUGUCCAGCAGGUCCUCCUGGACCUCCAGGAUCAGAUGGCGAACCAGGACCAGCAGGACCCGAUGGCCCACCCGGACUACCAGGACCGUCAGGUGGUCAAGGUCAACCAGGACCGCCAGGAGCAGUUGGUGACGCGGGUGAACCAGGACCAGCAGGACCGCCUGGUGAAGCUGGACCACCCGGCAAAGAUGGAGAAAAAGGCAAAGGUGCACCAGGACCUCAGGGACCACCUGGCCCACCCGGACCACCCGGUCGCGCGGGUCCGAAUGGCGAAAAAGGAGCUGAUGGACAACCAGGCCCUGCAGGACCGGCUGGUUCACCAGGAAAAGAUGGUGUUGCUGGUGAAGACGGCAAGCCUGGAGCACCAGGCGGUCCCGGUCUUCCAGGGAAUGAUGCAGCUUACUGUCCUUGUCCACCACGUUCUGCUGUAUUCAUCAGUCGCUUCACACAGUAG